CACAGGGACUGCUUUGCCUGCGGCUGGGCUUGGGCAGAUCCUGUCGGGGACGGCACGCUGGGCCCAGGAGCCUCCGGGAGCUGGCAGGGGCACGGGGACCCAAGUGAAGUUUCCUCGAGUGGGGCCCGGAGCCAGAAGGAGGCGGCGGUUGCUGCAAGGUCAGUGCCAGGGCCUGCCCCGGCUGUGGAGGGCCACGCUGACCUUCAAGGCCCCAGCCACCCCUCCGCCACCCUGGGGUCUCCACCCACCCAUCCCGGCCGCUGCCCUGGAGGCACUGCCCCUGAACUGUGCCCUGGGGUCCCCGCUGGUGGCCCUGCUGACCGUGGCUCGGGGUUCACCGGUCGGUCUCUGGGCCCCGAGCACUUGGACCCACUGCACCAAGUGCUGGUAGAGGAUGGGUUGGGCAGCAGGGCCCUUGGGAAGCCCCCGGGUGCCAGGACUCCGGACAGUGAGCCCCUGCUGGGGGCCCCGGCCGUGGCCCCGCCCUGGGCCAGCUGCACAGAGGACGAGGAGGCGCAGCAGGAGGCGGAGGAGUGCCCCAUCUGCACGGAGCCCUAUGGGCCGGGGCAGCAGCGCCUGGCCCUGCUGAACUGUGGCCACGGCCUCUGCAUGGGCUGUCUGCACCGGCUGCUGGGUGCCGCCCCCGGCGACCUGGGCCGCGUGUGCUGCCCGCUGUGUCGCCAGAAGACCCCCGUGCUCGAGUGGGAGAUCUGCCGGCUGCAAGAGGAGCUGCUGCUGGCCGACGGGCCCCCGCGCCCCGCGCCCCCCACCCCGCCCCUGCCUGCCCGCCGCGGCCGCGGGCCAUGGGCCUCCCUGGAGCACCGCUACCAGCUGCGCUUCCUGCCGGAGGCCGUGGGCGGCCGAGGCUGCCUGCCCUUCCUGCCCUGCCCGCCCUGCCUGGGUGCCUGGCUCUGGGCCCUGCGGGGACACGGGCCCUGCGCCCGCCGCCUGGCACUGCUGAGCCUGCUGGCACUUGAGCUGCUCGGCCUGCUGCUUGUCUUCACCCCGCUCUUGCUGCUGGGGCUGCUGUUCGUGCUGCUGGAUGGCUCCCGCCGCUGACGGCCACGCGCCUGCUGCCAGCGGCUGCCGACUGACAGGAAGCCUCGGUGCCGGGGGCACCCUGCCCUGAGGCCCGAUGACUAGGAUUGAAGAACCCAGGGCUGACCGGGGCGCUAGCCUUCAUCCCGGGGCCUGGACAGGGCCGCCCCGGAACCUGCAUUCAGCCUCUGACCCAGCCCGAGACGCCUACUGCCCAGACACGAGCCACCGGUGUGCAGCACAGCACUGGAGGAGGUCCAUGGCCAGGGUUCCGAGAGCCCCUCGAUGGACAGGCCCCACCCCGCUGCUGGGCCUCCCAGCCGGCCGGUCUGCAGGAGGGGGCGCCGUGGACCUGAGUGUUCCCUGAAGGGCCCAGGGCCCCACUGGGUCCAGGAGCCAGAGCCUGCCAACCGGGCCCCGUCCUCCCGACCGCUCCGCAGCGCCCCUCCGAGCCCGCCAACCGGGCCCCGUCCUCCCGACCGCCCGCAGCGCCCCUCCGAGCCCGCCAGCCGGGCCCCGUCCUCCCGACCGCCCGCAGCGCCCCUCCGAGCCCGCCAGCCGGGCCCCGUCCUCCCGACCGCCCGCAGCGCCCCUCCGAGCCAUCCUCCCGACCGCCCGCAGCGCCCCUCCGAGCCUGCCAACCGGGCCCCGUCCUCCCGACCGCCCGCAGCGCCCUCCGAGCCCGCAGCACCUGACUGACACUGUCGCAGCCCCGCCUCGCGGGCUCGUCAGUACAAGGGGCAGCUCUCAAUAAACAGGGACUGCUA